AUUGACAAAAUUUGUUAAGAUGGCUUUAGACGCUGUGAGAAUUAGAACUUGUGUUCAAGAAAUCGUCAAACAUGACUUACAGAUCAAUUCAUAUGCUCAGGAGCUGAGGAGUAAUUGCAAGACCAUGGAGAUUCUAGACAAUAUCAAUGUGAGAAUCAAAGCAGAGACUGCCAUAUGUAAACAAAGAAUAGAGGAGCUAGAGAAGAUUGGCAAAGAGCAAGACAAAGAAACUGACAGAAUAGGACUACUCAAGGAAGCAGAUCAUUACAGAAAACAACUCAGAAACACCCAGACUGCUAUAAGGCAAGCCAACCUAAGCUGCAAGAUGGAGAUCGAUAGAAACCAAAGAAAUGAUCUGAUGAAAGGACAAGAAGAUCCAGAAGUCAGGAAAAGGAAAAAUAAGGAAGACCUAGCUAAAACAGCAAGUAGUAUUACAGAAAGUCUUCAGAGCCUUAAUCGUAUGAUGGCAGACAAUGUAGAGAGGAGUAACCUAACAAACCAAACAUUAGUGACAUCAUCAAAUAGAAUCCAGGAAACAAAUGAAGAAUUCAAAGGAAUGGCAGGAGUCAUUCAGACCAGCCGAAAUCUCCUCACCAAAUACGGACGUCGCGAAAUGACGGACAAGUUGCUCAUAUUCCUUGCCCUAGCCCUCUUUCUUGCCACAGUGAUAUACAUUCUAAAGAAAAGGAUAUUCUGAUUGUCAGCCAGACAUUUGACAGACUCAAAAGACAAUGAAACAUUGUGAAAAGCUCUGAAGGUUGAUUCGGAUUGGAAGAAAGGAGCUGCAUUUAAUUUAUUGACCACAAGAACUAUUUCUCCCCUGUGCUGAGACUGUGAGAAUAAGAAUGAUAUCAUUCAGUAAUCAGUGAAUUAACCCAUUGCUCUAUUCAUUUUGCGAGAAGAAAGGGAACACAUUGGCCAUCAGAACCAUUUCAUCUCUAUGUUUAGCCUGAAGGAAUAAGACAAUUCAUUCUUCCGGGGGA